AAUUCGCAUUCCACACACACUCUCUCUACAAUCCCUCUCUCUCUCUAACUGGAAUGGAACCCAAUGAAAACCAACUCAGCUCCUACUACCACCACCCCCAGCCCCACCACCACCAAAGCCCCACCGCCGCCGCAGCCGCCUCGCCGACCAACGGCCUCCUUCCGCCCACCCACUCCGGCGAUGGCUCCCACAUGGUCUACCCUCACUCCGUCCCCUCCUCCGCCGUGACGUCGCCGCUUGAACCGUCCAAGCGGAAGCGCGGCCGGCCGAGGAAGUACGGCACACCGGAGCAGGCCUUGGCGGCCAAGAAGGCCGCCACGACGUUGUCUCACGCCUCCGCCAAGGAAAAGAAGGACCACAGCGGCGGCGCCGCUUCGCCUUCCUACUCCGCUUCCGCCUCCAAGAAAUCGCAGCUCGGGGCUCUUGGCAAUGUGGGGCAAGGUUUUACACCACAUGUUAUUAAUGUAUCUGCUGGUGAGGAUGUGGGCCAGAAAAUUAUGAUGUUCAUGCAUCAGAGUAAGCGUGAAAUAUGUAUUCUCUCUGCCUCUGGUACUAUCUCCAAUGCAUCUCUGCGCCAGCCAGCUACAUCAGGAGGCAACAUUACAUACGAGGGUCGGUUUGACAUUAUUUCAUGCUCUGGGUCUUAUAUACGUACUGAGCUUGGGGGCAGGACUGGGGGACUAAGUGUGUGUCUAUCCAGUACAGAUGGUCAAAUCAUUGGAGGAGGAGUUGGUGGACCACUAAAAGCUGCAGGGCCAGUGCAGGUCAUUGUUGGUACAUUUCUGAUCGAUACCAAGAAGGAUAUCAAUGCUGGUGUGAAAGGUGAUGCUUCAGGCAUCAAUUUGCCAUCACCAGUUGGUGUAACGUCUCCGUCAAGUGUAGGCUUCCGCUCUGCUGUUGACCCUAGUGGAAGAAAUGCAGUCAGGGGAAACGAUGAACAGCAAGCCAUUGGAGGAAGUCACUUCAUGAUCCAACCCCGGGGCAUGCAUGUGACCCCUUCACGGCCCACAGAGUGGAGACCUGGUCCGGAUGCUAGAAGCACCGGUGGUUAUGAAUUGUCAGGAAGAGCAGGUCUUGCACCUCAUCAAUCUCCAGAAAAUGGGGACUAUGUUCAAAUGCCGGAUUAAGGAUUUGUUUCGGGGGGGGCUCUGAAAGCAAUGCUUUGUGGUAGAAAGAUGUAAAAUAUUUGAUCCCGCACUCUUCGUUAGGUAAUGCUGUUAAUAGUUUGCACAAUACAUUAGAGAAUCAUCGCUCUGAAGAGGUCCACUGUAGUAAUUUGCUGCCUCCGUUGCUAUCAAGGUGUCCUUUUUCUUUUUUCUUUUUCUUUUUCUUUCUUUUUUUUUUUCCCUUGAAUUUUGCGUACUGGGUUUGUUGGCUAAUUCCAGCUUAUACUAGGAUGAAUAAGUUAGUUCUCAUCUAAUGCACUUUGGAAUUACAUCUUUUACAUUACUAAAAACUUCUUUUACAUUCUCUUA